AUGUCAAACGAAUCGUUCCGUUUGGAAUCUUUCCGGCCUUGGAAUCCUCAUGAGAAACCACGCUCUCAGCAAGGACCUCUGGAUCUCCGUCGCUACCCAAGUCCUGUCUCUCUCAAUGCCACGCCAUCUCCAAAGAAUUCAAAGGACUCGAUGCUCCAUUCCCAGAUCCCCCAUGCCCCUGAGCCUGAGCGGCAUCCUCUUCCAGUGCGCCCGCCGAUGGAGGUUUGUGUUGAUGGGGCCCCACAAUCGGUCGUUCAGAAUAUUCGACAGCCAGAUUUGGAGGGCCAAAUGUCGCCCGCCAAUCAAGAUUCGGAUAAUCUCGAUUUGAAGGAAAUUAUGCAUUUGCAGAAUCUACCAAGCUCCGGACACAUCGAUGAUCUAAUUUUCAAUUCCGUCGAUGAGCAUUUCGAACAGCGAACCCACAUUGGAUCAUCUGACCUCGAGCCUUCCUUCACGCCCGAUCAGGUUUCUCAGUCUAUGGCUUUCCAAAUCUCAACCCCACCAGGCAUGGAAAAUUUUGCAAGUGAUUUGACAAUAGACCCGGCGAUGUUAGAGGAAGACUAUUGCCGAGUUGGAGAACAGCAGGACACCACGGAAAUUGCACCUCCUUGCACCUCCCGCCAAGCAGGCUUGCCCGUGGACAAUUGUCCCUCGACUAAAGAUGACAGCAGUCCCUAUGGCAGACGGUGCCACUCGCCGACAGCAAGCGAUCCCAGUCGGCGGUCAUCCAAAAUCCAAAAAGUCUCGGUCGUCAUCGACAAUCGUCAACAGAAGAACCAGGAAAAAUCGAAUCGAAGACCUGGUCAUCAGAAAGCUUCGUUGUCCACAAUUAUUGCGCAAUUUUCUGCACUCCCAGUGGAGGACCGACUGCAGUUCUUGUCCUGGCUGUUUGAGGGUGCUUUAUCGCGCUGUCUGCCUCGCCCUGGCGAAGUAAACACGAAAUCACGAACCAUGCCAAGUGAUGAUGUGUCUUCAACCAGGACUCAAAAUGCAUCGCCUGGCUCAUGCUCUUCGAGGAAACGUCUACGAUAUUCCGCGGAGGAAAAUCGCCUAUUGAUACAACUCAAAGAAGUGGAAGGCCUCCCAUGGCGAGAAGUAAUCAGGCGCUUUGAUGAUAAUUUCCCGGGGAGGAGGAGUCCACAGUCUAUCCAGGUGCAUUGGAGUGCAAAGCUAUCCAAGAAAAGGUCGUCUAGAGUGUGA